AUUUGGCUGAUUUUUCGUAAUGGAUUUUACAGCAAACAUUGUCCUUGGAUCUGGCUCACUUAUUGGAAGGUUUUUACCUUUAACUUCUGCCACUCAAAUUGGACAAAACAAAAGGCUUCAUCCACCUACUUUUAGUCCUUUGCAGGAAGAAAGGUUCAGAAAUCUGCAGCAGAGGCUGGAAGUUCCCUUUGAUGGUUCUCGAGUGGAGCAUCAGGAUGCACUUAAACAAUUAUGGAGGUUGGCUUAUCCCAAUAGGGAGCUCCCAUCUCUUAAAUCAAAACUCUGGAAAGAUAUGGGUUGGCAAGGGGAAGACCCUUCAACAGAUUUUAGGGGUGGAGGGUUUAUAUCAUUGGAGAAUCUAAUCUUUUUUGCGAAGAAGUAUCCGGUUUGUUCCCUUGCUUUAAAAUCUUGAUUAAUAAUAAUACCUGUCAUCUAUUGCAUAAAAUUGGAUACUAGAUGUGUCUUGAAUUGGUGUGGGAUAGCACUAUGCGUUACUCUUCAUUCUAGCUGAAAUGAACCUUGUAUUCUGUUGAAAACACAAGUAGUUGUGGGCUAUGAAGAAGUUGAAUACUUUUAUGAAAACUAGGCUCCAGCUGGGCCCUUGAUUGAAUUAAUUUUGAUAUACAUUUUUCUUUGACUGCCAUGAUGCACAGGGCUAGGACUAGGUCUUGGUGUUCUGUGUUUCUUUGUACAUAAUGUAGAAGGAAAUCAUGUAUCAAUAACCUUUCCUGGUGUCUCUUCCAAUUCCUUCCUAACAGGGAUAUAGGAAGAAAAACAUUAUAAAGAUUUAUUUCAAAUGGGAAACUAGUUUAAGUUUUUAGGUUCUGUGGUAGAUGAAAUUGUUAUUGUGAUAUCCCAUUUGCUUUGGGGAUAAUCUUCUCAGCUUGUACCGUUAAGUUUCCUUUUGGUAGAUCCACAAUGUUAAUAACAUGAAGCCGGAAAUAAAGUACUAUAAUGGAAGUUCUUCCACUACAGUAGCAGAGUUAGUUUAUAUCACUUGUCCUAAAAAACCAUGCCACUAUAGCCUAAAUGGUUUCUGGUCUUUGGCUAUUGUGAAUACAUUUAUCCCUAAGAACCUUGUCCAAUCUGAAGAAACUUUAUUUUUGGGUUUUCUGAAUUCCAAUUGAACACUGCUAUAUGGAUGGCAAUAUUUUAGCUUGUUACUGAAUUAAGGUGGUCUUUAGGUAGAUUUG